AUGGAAAGUGCAGCAAAUGCAGCUCAUUGUGACAAUACGGGAUCUCUGAAGCAUACCGGACUUCAGUACAUGCUCAGCGACCCCAUCAAGGAUCAUUUUGACCCCCCAAUACUCAAGUCUCACAGCAAGGCCUUGCAAGGGUGGAACCACCCACAGACUGCACGACUCUUAUCUCCCACACAGGAUAUUACUGAAUUUGAUAUGGACCCACAAGCUUAUAUGGACAAGGUCAACACAGGGGAGAAGAAGAUCAGUGCGAAGCAGUGGCCAUUAAUGUUCUAUGACAUGAGCCUGUACGACCCAAAGAACAAGAAGAAGGGAUUCCUCCAAAGUCAUGUCAUGAUACAGGCAUGGCACCAUAUCUUUACAGGUCCAAUGUCUGCUCUAUCAAAAGAGCACAUUAGCCACUUGUCAAAGCCUGGGAAGGGGAAAAUGCAUCAUCUUACGGAACCAGGAAUCAGAAAUAUUAUGUAUGCUGCCUGUCAGAUGGAUUUCACAGCUAGGAAUGUGGAGUCAUAG